AUGCAUCCAGCAUGCCAAUUGUCAUAUCGACCACCAUCUCCAGUGACACUGACAUGGAAUGUUGCCUUGAACCGUAUCCUUAGUUCUACUUGUAUUUCUAAGGAUGUAGUGGAGGCCGUCAGGCAGCGCAUGGCCGAGACCAAUCUCGUCAACAACGAUCAUAGCAAAGGUAGCUUUGCCUUAGCCGUCAACAUAGGCCUCGUUCCUAACUUUUCACGCCCCAUUGUAGGGGCUCCAUUCUACGACCGCCACGCAGCUAUAAGUAUAAACUCAGAUGGGCGAGAAUCUGAAUCCAAAGCAGGCCCUUCCACCCAGGAACUCCCCAACGGCGUCGUCCUCUCUAGGAGGUCAAGUAGCUCUGGAAGUUCUAUUCGACCCAGUGGCUUCCCAAACGGUAACGAGAGCGUAGGAUACACACUCCUCCCCCCUAGCCACCCCGACACCCCAGUUUCCCCUCAAACCCAAAUACAGCUGCACGAGGACACAAUAACCACACAAGCCAAACUAAUCCGCAAACUGCACAAAAUCGUCGACCGACUCCGUAACCGCAAUGAACAACUCGAAGACCAUCUCCUCCCGCAACUCUCAAGAUGGCUUGAGUCAAAGACGAUGACGAUAGAUGCAGAGUACGCUAUCAUUGAGGAUUUGAAGCGCGAGAUUACGGACUUGAAGAUCGCCGUUGAUUUUAGUAACAAGGUGCUAGGAGGCUGUUGGGUUAGGGAGUGGGAGCUUUGGCGGUGGACGGGUGAGUUGAGGAGGAAGCGGAGGAAGCGGAGGACGGGAUUCUGGCCGAGAUUUAGGUUAACUCGGGACGAGAGGACUAUGAUAUCGUUGUCGAAGACUGAGUUGGACGUUAUAGUAUCGACGCUAGAGCAGAAUCUGAAGAUUCUUAAGGAAGAUGUCGAGGAGAUGGUGGAAUUGGUGCAGGGCUGCAAGAGGCAGUAUGCUACUGGGAUCCAGGAAGUGGAGGAUGAUUAUGAGCAGCGGAAGGAUACAGUGAGAGAGGUAUAA